AAGGUAAUUGCUUCUCUGAGCAGCACGCCGGCGCCAGGGGAGAGUGUAAAAUGUCUCGGAAUACCGCGUUCGGUUCACAAUUCACCAUCAGAGCCCACAGAGUGCUGUCGAACGAGGGACAGCAACAGAGACGACAAAUUUACAGAAAAGAUGGCAACGGAUAACUUGACUGCUGUUCUUCAUGGCAUUGAGGACUUGCGUUUGGAACAACGUCCCAUUCCGGAAAUAGCCAGCGAUGAGGUUCUCCUGGCCAUGGACAGUGUUGGGAUCUGCGGUUCCGAUGUGCACUAUCUCACUGCUGGACGCAUAGGCGACUUUGUGCUGACCAAGCCCAUGAUCAUCGGACAUGAGGCUGCGGGCGUAGUGGCGAAGGUGGGAAAGUCCGUAAAGCAUUUGGCUGAGGGCGAUCGUGUGGCCAUCGAACCGGGCGUUCCCUGUCGCUACUGCGACCACUGCAAGCGGGGAAAGUACAACCUGUGUGCCGACAUGGUGUUCUGUGCCACGCCCCCGUACGAUGGCAACCUUACACGCUUCUACAAGCAUGCGGCGGACUUUUGCUUCAAACUCCCGGAUCAUGUCAGCAUGGAGGAGGGCGCCCUGCUGGAACCACUCUCGGUGGGUGUUCACGCCUGUCGUCGGGCCGAAGUUGGUCUGGGCUCCAAGGUCCUGAUCCUGGGCGCCGGACCAAUCGGUCUGGUCACUCUGCUGGUCGCUCAAGCCUUGGGAGCUUCUGAGAUUUUGAUCACAGAUUUGGUGCAGCAGCGUCUGGAUGUGGCCAAAGAGCUGGGCGCCACCCACACCCUGCUGCUGGAUAGGAAUCAGAGUGCCGAGGAUAUUGUCAAAAAAGUCCAUUGUACCAUGAGCGGGGCCCCUGACAAGGCCGUCGACUGUUGUGGGGCAGAGAGCAGUGCUCGCCUGGCAAUCUUCGCUACACGUUCCGGCGGUGUUGUCGUUAUUGUGGGUAUGGGAGCACCGGAGAUCAAGCUGCCCUUGAUCAAUGCCCUGUCACGAGAGGUCGACAUACGUGGCGUCUUCCGCUACUGCAACGACUACUCGGCCGCUCUGGCUCUGGUGGCAUCCGGUAAAGUGAAUGUCAAGCGUCUGGUAACACAUCACUUUGACAUCACCGAGACGGCGAAGGCCUUCGAGACCUCCCGCUAUGGCCAUGGCGGUGCUAUCAAAGUCAUGAUACACGUCCAGCCCAGAGAUGCCAACAAUCCAGUUAAAUUUUGAAUAUACAUACUAGAAUCUAUAGAUAAACAUAGACUUUAUGGCAAUGGUAA